AUGGAGGGUCCCGUCUUGGACACAAGGUCGGCGGCGAUCAAGAGCUUCAUAGAGUCUUGGAAGGGGGACGUCAGGGCCGCAUCUGCAGCCAUGAGCGGCACCCUGCAGAGGAAGGGCCUCGACGGCCCGCCUGCCAGCGUCCCGGACGUAUCUACCCUGACGGUCAUCUUCCAAACGGACUGCAAGAUCGACAUCAAGAUGUUGCAAGAGGCCUCGUUGGUCACGGACCGGGUCCCAGCGGAACCCGCUCUCGGGUCGAUCUCCCUGAUUGCCACGGCCUCCAAGCAGGCAAAGUUCACCAACCAGGUGUCUUUCCGCUACACGCCCGGCAAGGUCGGCACCACCAGAAAGAACUGCAAGGUGUUUGCCAACGGAAAGUUCCACCUGACUGGUGCGAGAAGUGCCGGAGAGGCAAUUGGCACGCUCAAGGUAGUCAUCCGGACGAUCAGGGCCCUCCGUCCGGACUGUACGCAGGUGGAAAGGCCGGUCAAGGUCCAGUCAGCAAAGAUUCAGAUGAUCAACACGGACUUUCGUCUCAACACUCCCAUCAACCUGGAGGCACUCCGGGACACGAUCACGGGAAAAUAUGGCGUCUAUUGCCGCUACGAACCCGACCACUUCCCCGGCUGCAACAUCAAGUUCGCUAGCGCCACCGUCCUGGCUUUCAAGAGCGAGAGCGUCAUCGUAACGGGUGCGAAGCGGAUGGAAGACAUCGCCCAAGCGUUUGCUUUCGUCAUCGGGGCCGUCACGGAGAGCCCAACCGUCCUAAACAGUCAGGGGCGCACUCCGGCGUGGGAGGAAGACAACGCCAAGAAGGAGCGGUCGCGAGUAGGAAAGCGCUCGUUUUUGGAGCUGAUCGAGGAUAAGAUGGACGAGAGAGCGACCGAGCUCCCCACCUUUCAGAGGAGGCAUGCCGCCAAGCGCUACCGCCCCCCUCCGAUGACGGGUGGGGGUCCGCCCCGGCUGAUGGAGUAUUCCCGGAGGCAGCCCCAUUUCCUCGAGCCUCCGAGCCGAUACGGCCCAGAUUUCCAACCGAUGUAUGAUACCACGACGAUACCCGUUGCUAGCUGUGGUCAAUGGCAAGAGCCCAUGCACUCGAUUUACGGUAGGGAGCUGCGGCCUUCGGAGGGGGGAGUCGGUGAGUCCGCCAUCUACUCCAAUCCCUACAUCACCGCAGCCACUGCAGGGCGAGAACUGACUUGCAAGAACAACAACAGCUUCUUCUUCUGA